UCCAAUUCACGCCACUGCAUAUCCAUCCACCUUUACACAGCGCGUCUCCGAUAUCACACGCCCAGCAUGCAUCCCCACCUGCACACCGAAGAAGUCCAGAAGAGCUGCGCCGAAGUCGUCGCCGCCCUCGACGAAUGCCACGCCCGCGGCUUCCUGUGGAAAGUAACCGGCAACUGUACCGACGCCAAGUACCGCGUCAACAUGUGCCUGCGCGGGCUGCGGCUCGAGCGCACGCGGCUGAACCGCGAGGAGGCGCGGGAGAAGCGCGAGCACAUUAAGAAAGUGUGGGCGGAGCUGGACGAGGGGAAGUACACGGAGGCAGAACGGCAGGAGAGGCUUGGGGGGCGGGAAGAGAGGGGAUCGGAGGCGCAGGGAGUCUAGUGCGCGGGUGGUGUACGAUGGGGUGUGUUGAUAUCGGGGCAUGGAGUUCAGAGACUGGAUUGUAUACUAUGGGUUUGGGUCGGGACGGAUGGCGUUAGGAGGUACUUUGGCAUGACAUGUGACUCUCUGUGUGUGAAGAGGCUAUCUUGAGUGAGCUCGUUGUGAGCGUCUAUGAUGAUUGUUUUACAUUGGUUCUUUGCCAGUCGACGUUGAAGCCCCGGACUGUCAGGACGGGGGCAACG